CCAUGAUUCGGUUCGACAACCUUCCCCCCGAGAUCGUGCAGGCGAUGUGCACGCCCAUGCACCCCGUCAUCUCCCCAUCCCCAUCCUCUGGCGGUCUGUACAUCGGCUCGCUCUCUGCAGCCAACGACCCGGAGCUGCUGGCCUCGAAUCGGGUCACCCACGUAGUACAGGUGCUCGACGCGCCGUGGGCGCCGCCGAGCGACACCCCCGACGGCGUGCAUCGUUAUCCAAUCCCCUUGCUCGAUUCGACGUCUGCUGACCUCCGACCACAUCUGGAGGCCGCUUGUGAGCACAUCGACCGCUCCCUGCGAGCGAGAAAAAACGUACUGGUCCACUGCCAGCAGGGCGUGUCACGCUCCGCGGCGGUGGUCAUCGCGUACUUGAUUCGGAACCAAGGAAUGACCUACGACUCCGCGUACGCGCUCUGCAAGCAGCGCCGUGCCUGCGUCAAGCCGAACUCAGGAUUCGUCACUGCGCUGCGGGAAUGGGAAGCCAUGUACCACGCGCCGCGUCCGGGCAUGGCGCGACGCUGGACCUCCUGAGCGCGCCCGGUUGACCAUCUCUUGGACCGGAUUAUCAUGCCUGUACAUGUCGUCGGCUUGUAAUCCGUCUAAAACUGCUGUGCCCCGCGUCGGUGGGUCGGACUGCCUAGCAGGGACCCUACCUACCACUGCCUCUCUUUUGGGUCAACGUAUAAAAUGUAUAUCGCACAAAUCAUACGGGGUUCUUUGGGUGUAAUUAUAC